GGAUGACCUCUACAUGGGAUGAUGGGGGGAACCUCCAUGCAGCCCGCAUGUCAUCCCUCUUGUCGUGUCGGCGCAAAGGAAAAACGGUCAAUUGGAGGCGCGUCGUCAGAAUACUAAAAACUCGCAUCUUUUGUUUCUGCUAAUCAAUUAUCUUUAUCAUUAUUAUUAUUAUUAUUAUUCAUUUUUAGAAAGAGCCAAACUAAAGCUAAGGUAAUUGGUUAUAUUCUAGUCUUGAACUACUUUCUUCUCCCCGGACAAACUCGUCGACUCGACUCAACUCAAAGCCACCGACCUCGUUGGCCUGACCAGCACCGUGUGCAUACACAUCACACUAGACUCGCCGCCAAAAUGUUGAAGGGGGUCGAGGUUGCCAAACACAACAGUGCCAAGGACUGCUGGGUCAUUGUCCACGGGCGAGCCUACGAUGUCACGGAAUUUCUUCCCGAACACCCCGGAGGGCAAAAGAUCAUCCUCAAAUAUGCAGGCAAAGACGCAACCGAAGAGUUCGAGCCCAUCCACCCGCCCGACACGCUCGACAAGUACCUCGACAGGUCCAAGCACCUGGGCGCCGUCGACAUGGCCACGGUCGCGCGCGCCAAGGAGGCCGACGCGGCGUCGCCCGACGAGCAGGCCCGCCAGCGCCGCAUCGCCGAGAUGCCCCUCCUCGAGCAGUGCUACAACCUGCUCGACUUUGAGGCCGUCGCCCGCCGCGUCAUGAAGAAGACGGCCUGGGCGUAUUACUCGAGCGCCGCCGACGACGAGAUUACAAUGCGCGAGAACCACGCCGCCUUCCACCGCAUCUGGUUCCGCCCGCGCAUCCUCGUCGACGUGGCCAACGUCGACUUCAGCACCACCAUGCUGGGCACCAAGGUCGCCAUGCCCUUCUACGUAACAGCUACGGCGCUGGGCAAGCUAGGCCACCCCGAGGGCGAGGUAGUACUGACGCGCGCGGCCGCCAAGCACAACGUGAUCCAGAUGAUCCCGACGCUGGCGUCGUGCUCGUUCGACGAGAUCGUCGACGCCGCCACCGACCACCAGGUCCAGUGGCUGCAGCUGUACGUCAACAAGGACCGGGCCAUCACGGAGCGCAUCGUGCGGCACGCGGAGCGCCGCGGCUGCAAGGGGCUCUUCAUCACCGUCGACGCGCCGCAGCUCGGCCGCCGCGAGAAGGACAUGCGGUCCAAGUUCACCGACCCCGGCAGCAGCGUGCAGGCCACAGCCGGCCACGCCACCGACGGCAGCCAGGGCGCCGCGCGCGCCAUUAGCUCCUUCAUCGACCCGGGGCUGAGCUGGGCCGACAUCCCGUGGUUCCGCAGCAUCACCGCCAUGCCCAUCGUGCUCAAGGGCGUGCAGCGCGUCGAGGACGUGUUGAAGGCUGUCGACGCCGGCGUCCAGGGCGUCGUGCUGUCCAACCACGGCGGCCGCCAGCUCGAUUUCGCCCGCUCCGCCGUCGAGGUCCUCGCCGAGACCAUGCCGGUGCUGCGCGCCCGCGGGCUGCAGGACAAGAUCGAGGUGUACGUCGACGGCGGCGUGCGCCGCGCCACCGACAUCCUCAAGGCGCUGUGCCUCGGCGCCCGCGGCGUCGGCAUCGGCCGCCCGUUCCUGUACGCCAUGUCGGCCUACGGGCUUGCGGGUGUCGACCGCGCCAUGCAGCUGCUCCGCGACGAGAUGGAGAUGAACAUGCGCCUCAUCGGCGCCACCACGGUCGCGGACCUCGGCCCUGACCUGCUCGAUGUCAGGAGCCUUGGCUCGCAUGCCACCACCCCGGCGGACGCACUUGCGUAUGCUGUUUAUGAUCCGCUGGUGAACCCGCCCCAGCGCCCGGCUGAGGCUGUGUUGCCAAGCGCAAAGGCGAAGCUGUAGUGUAGUGUGUGGUGUCGUUGGGGAGGAGGAGGUUGCGGAGGGAAGUGGUAAUGAAAAGAAAGAGUGGAGGGGGAAAUAUAGUAGAGACAGCCUGAUGGAGCGCCCAUAACUGAGUUUAAUUUAGGGUUGAAGCGUGGUUUCAUAUCUAGAUAGGUAGGUACGUACUUUGUAUAUACAGACAUGCAUUGCAUUGCGUGGGUGGGGUUGUUGGUUUGGUGAGAAUUCAUGUCUACCUACCUUGGGCAUAUAUUUCGUUUUCUGUCUGUCUCUGCGUGUGUAGGCAUUGCCUGUGAUGUUUCCGCGGGUGUUGAUUGAUUUGCUUGGUUGUGUCUUGUGUUAUUGUGUUGUUUUGCCGGGUUCUGUUUCUCGG